UGUUCUUGGUUAAGAAAUGAAAAGGUUUAUGGUACCACAGAAACACAUCACGGCUUCGGUCUAUCUUUUUAAAGGAUGAAAGAAAUUUCAAAACUCUCUCGCUAUCUUUUAUGGUGAUUGCAACACUAGUUCCAUUUAAUUAAUCAUGCCAUUUCGUUCUGGAGAAGGAUUUACGUCGCUGAAGUUUCACUUUCAUUUCCCAGGUUUCCAACUCACAUAUUGAGAAGGAUUUUGUCACAGUCAUUCAGCGAGAAAACGACGGGCAGAAAUGUCACUGUCAACACUCCAAGUGAAAAUCGUCAAGAUCCUGUGUUCCAAUGAUGGAUCACUGCUUUAUGAGCAGCUCCGCAGAAUUGUCUCCAAAAGUGAUGCGGUAUCUGACGUACAUCUGACCAUGGCAUUGAAAAGCUGCCAGCGUUUUACCAUUGUCCAAGGAACUGGGGGAGAAAUAUCAGAGGCUGAGCUAACGUCGGACAGUCGAAUCAUAGCCACUAGCGUUGUCCGGCUCUGUAAGGACUACCCAAACAAGAAAUGUCAAGACUGUGGCCAACUUCACCUGUGCAGAUUUUUUAUUCUGGGUCACUGCAAAUACUCAGGAGAAAGUGAUGCUUGCAAAUACUCCCAUGACAUCCAUAGUUUACACAACUGGAAAAUCAUUCGCUUUAACCAGCUUCAGGAUCUGGACAUGAAAGAACUGCGUUUCCUCUUGCUUCAAAAUGACCCAUCUUUGCUGCCUGAGGUCUGCCUGCAUUACAACAGAGGAAAUGGGGAAUCUCCAUUUGGAGGCUGUUCACAUAAACGUACCUGUAAUAAGCUCCACAUUUGCUCAUACUUCAUUACCAGAAAUUGUAAGUAUGGGGCUGAGUGUCGCCGUUCCCACAGUGUCCGUGACAACAGUGCCCUUCUCAAGAAAUUUAGUCUGGAUGAAACUGUUAUGAGAAACCUGCUACUGAUAUAUCAGAACAGGAGCCACAUUAAAGAAGCACUCAGUCCAGCUGGAUUGAAAGCUGUGCCUACAGCUUCUCCAACAAAGUCCCAGCAAAAUUCUGACGCUGAGGAACUCUGUCUCUACUACAUCAGAAAAAACUGCAGGUUCAAAGACAAGUGUAUUCGGGUUCACUUCAACCUUCCCUAUCGGUGGCAAAUAUGCAAGGGAACAUGGCAGGAUUUGCCAAACAUGGAGGAGAUUGAAAUGGAAUUCUGUGACCCAAAGAAUAUCACCAGCUCAGGACCUACUCCCAUCAACUUUGAAUCAAUGAUGUGUGGGUCUCACCAGGUGAGACGUCUCUGUACCGCAUCUUCAGUUACUAAACCCCCACACUGCAUCCUUACAACUGAAUGGCUGUGGUACAUGAAUGAUAUGUUUGGAAAAUGGACUGAAUAUGAUUGUCAAGAUGACGUGCAUGUGACAUCGGCAGACCUUGAGAAUGUCUAUUUGGCCAAUAGCAACGCUGAAGUAUCGAUUGGAGAAUUCAAUGAAACAUUAAGUUUUAAAGAAAUGAUUCAAAAAGAUAAAUUUUCUGAAAGUGCACAUGAAGUUCGGAGAAGGCCAAGAUUUAUCUCUAAAGAAGACGUGGAGACAAAAGUAAACAGUGUUCAAUCAGGACAAGGAAAAGCCAGUUCCUGUGAAUCUAAAAGCAUUCCAGAUUAUUGGGACAAGUCAGCUUUAACAAGUGUAGGAUACACGCGUAUUCAGCUCUCUCCACUCUCCAAUGAAUAUAAGAAAAUCCAGUCCCUCUUCGAGAAUAGCAUGGAGCCCGGCAAAAUCCAGAAAAUUGACAGAAUCCAAAACCUUGGACUUUGGGAAAUAUUUCAGUGGCAGAAAGAACAAAUAAAGAAAAAGAAUCAUGAGGAUGUGGAUGAACAAUUUCUUUUUCACGAAGUUACAGAUCACUCGAUUGUUGAUGCCAUUUGCUACCAGAACUUUGACUGGGGAAGCUUCUCACAGAAUGGAACUUUAUAUGGGAAAGGGACAUACUUUGCCGUGAAAGCAUCCAACGCCAACUUUGACUUGUACUCAGAUUCUACAGCAUAUUUCAAAAUCAUGUUUUUGGCACGGGUUUUGAUCGGAAAGUUUAUUAAAGGACACCCAAGUUAUGAUCGACCACCAUCACAAGAUGCCAUAAGCUUCAAACCCUAUGACAGCUGUGUUGACUGUGUUGAUAAUCCAUCUUUGUUUGUCAUAUUUGAGAAAUAUCAUAUUUACCCAGAAUAUAUGAUCCAAUUUAGUAAUGAAGUGUAGAAAAGCAUUUGUUUCUGACAAUCUUUGGCUAAUAAUGAUAUCUCAUGGGGAGAUAUGACAACAUUAUUUUUGCUUUAAAGAGUGUGUACUACUUGGGAAUUUAAUGCUUCUGAUUUCUGCUAACUAUGAAUUGAUUUUGUAAGUCUGUGCAUGACCAGACGGAUAUUGCAUGCAGCCAUUUCACAUCAGAAAAUUGUAUAUUUUAUUGCAUGUUAUUUUUUAAUAUGUGCUGGUGGCAGUUUGGCUUCAAGUUAGACCUUAGCAUCACUAUAAAUUGCUCCAAGGAUCAGUGUCUAGAAAGUGUUCUGUCCCUCCAGAAAUCAUCUCACUCCAACAUUGAAACACAGAGCACAGGCUUCUGCACUCUGAUUCUUAUGACCUGUCUGAAUGAGAGCAAUAGUUUAGUGAGAGCUUGUGCUUGCUUACAAGUAAUGAGUCUCAACUUGAUAGCUUGUAAAAGCCAACAAUUCACCUAGCUUUGGAUCCAUAUUUAAUUGAAUCAGACCAAUGUGUAAUACAGGAUAAUUUACGAAAGUGUUUUUAAUAUAGUAUUCACUCUUCUGGGCAAGAUUUUAAAGAAGUAUUCUAAAGAUCUUUUUAGUUCCCAAUAUCAUCCUUAUAACUUCUUUAUCAUCAGUACUGCCUUUAAUUCUUUCUCACACAGGAUUUUAUGAGAAAACAGCAGAUUUUUAAAUAGUCUUUGUUUAAUAGAUCUGUUUACAUCUUGCCUCUGCUCAAAUUAACAUGACCAAGGCUUUGUAGCACUUUGUCUUUCCUCCACCAAUGUCCCCAGAAAUCUAAUAGCUUCAGUAAGCAAAUGAUUGUAUUGAAUCUUAUAAACAUAUUGCCCAUUUGAGGGAAUUUAUCCAGUUGCAUUGUCUGCAUCAUUUUAUGGUGC